AUGAGGCAAACAUUUUUGGCUGUCAAUUGUGUUCUGCUGACUGUGCUGUGCUUUAGCUACGUCCUGCCCGCCACGGUGCGUCCCUACAAAUUCGGCUUUACCAUCGAGGAGCAGCAGCAUCGCCGCGAGCAAAGAGAUGAGAACGGAAUUGUAAUGGGCGAAUUCGGGUUUAUAACCGCCGAUGGAAUUUACCACGUGACGGUCUAUGCGACCGAUGAGGAAGGCAAAUUUCGGAUAAUCUCGAUGAAAAACUAUCCGUAUACGGGUCCCGUAGCGCCCAAGAGCCCGCCGCCCACAACAACCACCGCGGCGUCUGUGGCCAGGCAUCACUUCAAUACCGCCGCCUGCUCCGGCUGCUUUCUGAACAAAUCCCCACCGGAAGCGACGCAGCCGGAAGCGAUCCGUCCCAGCACCAAAACGGAGAUACGCCCGCUCUCGCAGCCGCUGUCCCCGUCGGCGGCAGUCGGAGCUGUGCCAGGUGAGUUCAAAGGUCACACAGUUACACCCAGCACACAGACACACACACACAGCCAGGUCGCGAUCCUGAAGGAAUCGCUUGAACUGGCCGCUGCGGCGGCUGCGCAGGACUUGCAGAGCUUUGUCUUUAGCCCCCAGACCGAGCCUCAAGCAGCAGCUGCUGCUACUUUUUUCGCAGCUGCAGUUCCUGCUCCUGCGGCGGAGCCUGUUGUUGUGCGCAAUGCGAAGACCGUGGCGCUGGCUCACGAAAUAGCCAAGGUGCAGGCGCUGCGACCAGCACGAAUCCUGAGUGCGAGUGCCACAACGACGCAGUCAAAGGAAGUGCCAGUGGAUGCACCUGCUCUUAGCUCUGCAGUUGCUUUUGUGGCCAAGCUGGCGAGGAUUCCGCCGGAAGCAGCGGGCGCGAAGGAUUUCCAGAGCUUCGCUGUACAGACACUGCGGCCGCCGAGUAGCCUAAAGGCCAAUGGCCCAGCGACGGAGCCAAAGGAUCUGCUAGCGGAUGCACCUGAUCCCAGCUCUGCUGCUGUUCAAGUGGCAAAUCUGGUAAGGAUGCCGCCAAAGGAUUUGCAGAGCUUUGUUCCUGGCCACCAUGAUGCUCAAGCAGCAGCGGCUAUUGCGUUGAUUCGCGAAUUAUCCAAGGUACAGACACUGCGGCCGCCGAGUAGCCUGGAGGCCAAUGGCCCAGCGACGGAGCCAAAGGAUCUGCUAGCGGAUGCACCUGAUCCCAGCUCUGCUGCUGUUCAAGUGGCAAAUCUGGUAAGGACUCCGCUGGAAGCGAAUGUCCUGCAUGCGAGUGGCUCAGCAACGCAGCCACAGAAACUGCCAGCCCCCGGCUCAGCCCCUGCAUUUGUCGAAAAGCUGGCGGGGAUUCCGCCCGCAACAGCAGGCGCCAAGGAUCUCAACCGUUUUGCUUUUGGUACGCUGCGACUCAUUAGUUUGGCGGCGGCGCAGCGGCUAAAUGGUCGGGUGCUGAGCGCCACGCAACAUGAGGCGCAGCCUGUGAAGCAAGCAGUUGCCGGAAUUGUGCAAGAGCAGAAGCAGGACAAUGCGCUCAGUCCCACGCCUCCGCUCGCCAAUCACGUUCAGUCGGGUCAGCAACCAUUGAGUGCAGCUGGCAAUGCUGCCGCAGGAGCGCUGCCAGCCUUGACAGGCACCCAGCAGCAAGCAGCAGCAGGCGUCAAGCCACCCUUAGCAGACGGCAAGAGUGCGCAACAACCAUCAGGUGGCAGCAGCUCAGAUAGUUUCAAGCCAAACACAGUUGCAGCGCUGCCUGCCGUGACAGCAACUAAGCAGCAAAGUCAACCGUCAAGCGGCAGCACAGCAAGUAACAAUUCACCACAACCCACCUCCACAAAGACAGCAACCAUUGUAGGAGCGGUUGGUGAACCCGGACUCACAGGCGAUUUGUACAAAUUUAAAUAUAUAUUGGACUAUAAUGGCCAUGAGGAGACGGGCAGCCGCAACGGCGAUAAAGUAGGCAACUACUUUGCCAUUGGCGAGGAUGCUGUGGAGCGUGUCGUCGAGUAUAUUGCCAAUGAGUUUGGCUUCCAGCCGCACAUUAGUUGGCGCAAACUGGAGGGCAAGGAGGCGGCGCUGCCCGAUGAGAACUCGCUGAAGCACUACGAGUUCAAGUGGUUCAACAAGGCAGCCCAAUGA